GUGACCUUCAAUGAUGUGCAUGUGAAAUUCAGCCAAGAAGAGUGGGCUUUGCUGGAACCAUCACAGAAACAACUCUACAAUGAUGUGAUGCUAGAGACCUGUAAAAACCUCACUGCUAUAGGAUACAAUUUGGAAGACCAUACCAUUGAAGAACAUAAACCUUAUGAAUGUAACCGGUGUGGUAAAGCCUUUGCACAAAACAGUCAUCUCAUAAGCCAUAAAAGAACACACACUGGAGAGAAACCUUAUGAAUGUAACCAGUGUGGUAAAGCCUAUGCACGAAACAAUCAUCUCUUAAGCCAUAAAAGAACACACACUGGAGAGAAACCUUAUGAAUGUAACCAGUGUGGUAAAGCCUUUGCACGAAACAAUCAUCUCUUAAGUCAUAAAAGAACACACACUGGAGAGAAACCUUAUGAAUGUAACCAGUGUGAUAAAGCCUUCGCACAUAACAGUACUCUCCUACUGCAUAAAAGAACACACACUGGAGAGAAGCCUUACAAAUGUAACCAGUGUGGCAAAGCCUUUGCAGUAAACAGUACUCUCUUAAGCCAUAAAAGAACACACACUGGAGAGAAAUCUUAUAAAUGUAACCAGUGUUGUAAAGCCUUUGCACAAAACAGUCAUCUCAUAAGCCAUAAAAGAACACACACUGGAGAGAAGCCUCACAAAUGUAACCAGUGUGGCAAAGCCUUUGCAGUAAACAGUACUCUCUUAAGCCAUAAAAGAACACAC